AUGAUUAUCCCCGUUCGCUGUUUCACUUGCGGAAAGGUCAUUGGAAACAAAUGGGAUUCAUAUCUCGACUUUCUCCAGGCUGAUUAUACAGAAGGAGAUGCACUGGAUGCUUUGGGGCUGGUUCGUUAUUGUUGUAGGCGCAUGCUUAUGACCCAUGUUGACCUUAUUGAGAAGCUACUUAAUUACAAUACUAUGGAAAAGCAUGAUGCAAAUUAA